GAACCAUAAACGUUAUUAUGUUUCUUUUCAUUUGGAGGCAGGAUACAUGGCAACAUCAGCUGCAUCAUGACGCGGAUAUGUCGCUUAUCUCAUCGAGUUUAUUCAGCUGAUCGCCCGUAGAUGUUUGAGGCAGAUUGACAGCAAAAUGGAUUUUUCAUGAUGGUAGGACAUGCGGUCGGUCACACACACAGUUCAAGCCAAAACGGAUAGAUGAUUUGUCCCGUUGGGCUGGCAUGUUAAGAAGCCCAAUCAAUGUUGGGGUUGCCGUUCUGCAAAAAUCGGAAUAUUCGAAAAUAAAAUGUCUUCGGUAGGCUAUUGAACUGAUUCAGAACGCAUUUCGUUCCGUAUUUCUGAGAAUCAACCCGUGCGAGUCCCGACAGAGCAGUAAAUAAGACUAUAAUAUGGACCAAGACUGAACGUUGUAUGAGAUGAAGGCAACCCCUACUGGCUGCUGUCAUCCCUCUCGGUAUGUCAUCACUAUCCUAGCGAAUGCACUUCUGAGCCACCGAGUCACGUAGGCUACUGUAUUAUCACGUUGAUCGUAAUUCGUGAUAAGAAUGGUCUCGUUAAGAGUUUUAGCAUACAGUGCAUCAGGGCUAGCCUAGGCCUACUUGCUGGGGAGACAGAAUAACCCCCGGAGCUGUAGCCUAAGCCAUCACCAAAUUCAGAGUUAGUUUCUGCAGCUGCUAUGAUGGGUUCUUUUUUUUUUCAGUUCGGUGUUUUAGCCUACAGUUGUUUGGUUUGAGUAAGCUACAGACAGUUAACCUUCUUCUUUAUUGUUUUUGCAUCAACAUUUUUCUUGUGUUGCACCGGAAAGAAAAUGAGUAGGCUAAUAAUUGUUUUUGUAUAGGCCUAUUGUGAGAAUGUGACUCAUUUGACCUAAUUGUGCCCUUGUUUUUACUAAAUUAUGCCCUUAUUUGACUAGAUUGUAUAACAUUUAGUAUAUUGUAGGCUACUCCCAUGUUUUCAUGUAGCCUAGGACUUACUUGGAGCAGCUAUAGACAUGUAGAAACUGAUCAUUUGAGGUCAUGACAAGCAGUGAAUAGUGAUAAUUUCCCUCCAUGGCGUCUAACAGUCCAACAGCAUCAGCUACAUCCUCUGAGGAUACAGGAGAGAAUGGCCAGAAUGUGGUCCCCAAACUGUAUUCCUGUUCAGAGUGUGGACAAUCCUUUGGAAUGCUGGUAGAGCUACAGAUACACAAGAAAUCACGACAUGUCACAAAGCGUCUUUCGACCUUUGACCUGUUUGGGAAAGGACUUUCUACGGCAUGUACCCCCACCAGACCAAAGAGAGCCCACACUAAACUGAAGGCUCAUGGGUCUUCUUGUGAGAAAAGUUUUGUGCUGUCCUCGGGGUUGAUGCAGUGCAAGCGUUCACACGCCAGUGAGCUUCCAUACAGCUGUACUGUCUGUCCCAAAACCUUUGUCUCCUCCACACACCUGGCCCUCCACCUGCGCUCGCACUGCGGCGAGAGGAGGUUCAAGUGCAGCAUUUGCGCCAAGGUGUUCCUGCAGUCUUCACACCUGGCGCGCCACAAGGCUAUCCACACCGGGGAGAAGCCCUUCAAGUGCCCCGACUGCGGGAAGAGCUUUGGUCGUGCCUCACACCUGAAGACCCACCUGCGCUUGCACACCGGCGAAAAGCCCUUCGAGUGCACUGUGUGCGAAAAGACCUUCACCCAGAAGGCAGGCCUCAUCAUGCACCACCGCCAGCACACAGAGGAGUUGCCGUUCAGGUGCAACAGGAGCAGCAAAGGCCUCCACUCCUCCACGCGCCUGCUCUCCCACCGCGCGCUGGAGUCAGGGGAGAAGAGUUUCCGAGGCUGCCGCUGCGGUGAGAUCUUCAGGACGACGCUGGCGCUGAGGCAGCACGAACGGAGGCACAAGAGUCACGAGUCGUUCGGCUGCGGCGUGUGCCAGACUCCCGUGGUCCGCUCGUCCUGCCCGCAGCUUGGGACGCGUGCAGGAGAGCGUGCCUAUCACUGCAUGGUGUGCAACAGGAUGUUCACCGAGAUGAGCACCUUUGAGAGGCACUGUGGGAAGCACCUUCAACAGAGUGGAUGCAAGGAGACCAAGCUGGAAAAAGGAAGGGAAUGGGAGACCAAACCUGAAGCCUCUAUGCCCAUGCAGAACUCAUCCUCUACAAUUUCCAGAGCUAGGAACUACUCAGAAGUAACCACACGCUCCAAAACUAGAGCCAAAGCCAGGGGCAGAACUGAGAACUCAGAGUUACUGCAUUAAAAUGCUCUUAUUAGCGAUGUUAUUAGAUAGAGCACAGUUGAUGACGUUUUUUAAAUGCUAUAUGCUGAAAUGUGUUAAUUGGAUGAAAAUGGCAAAUUUGUGAUGCAUUUAGCUGCUGAUCUAUUAUCUAUAAAUUCACUGUACAUAUUUCAUAUAUUUUAGAAAUUAUAACGAUGAAGUAGUCAUACUUUACAAAUAAAGUCAUCA